AUGAACAGUUUAAACAUAAAUCAAGAAGAGACAAUUGAUGCUAAAUGGAAAGCGGUUAAGGAUGCUAUAAAAACGGCCACAGUCACAGUAAUAGGCAAACAAAACAGGACAAGGAAACCGUGGUUCAACAACUCCUGCAAGGAAGCAUUUAAUAGAAGGAAAGAAGCCAGGACUCAAAUGCUCAACAAUCCCUAUAAUAGAGAGAAAGUGAUGGCAUACAAAGAAUGUCAAAAGGAAGCAAAUAAUAUAUUUAGAUAUGAAAAACGGAAAUAUACAAAAGAUGUAUUAGAGGAAGCCGAAAUUGAUCACAAAGUAAAUAGAACUCGACAAUUAUACCAGAAGAUAAAUUCAAUUAGAGGAGGGCACAAAAAACAUGAAAAGUUCCUUAAAAAUGACGAUGGUUCCCUUGUGACAGAACAAGACAAGGUAUUGGAAAAAUGGAGACAAUAUUUUGGAUUAUUACUUAAUUGCGAAAACCCAGUCAAUACAUUUGCAUGGAUGCCAACGGAACCUAAUGAUACUGAUUGUCCGCUUCCAAGCAAAGAGGAAAUAUUACAACAACUUAAUAGGCUAAAAAACCACAAAACUCCUGGGGAGGACGGGAUCCAAGGAGAAGUACUAAAGAACCUGGAUGACGGAACAAUAAAUAGAAUGCAUAGUAUUAUAGAGAGUAUCUGGCAUGAAGAAAGACUUCCGGAGGAUUGGGGCACCGCAUUAGUGUGUCCUAUUCACAAAAAAAAUGAUCCACAAGAAUGUAGUAAUUAUAGGGGUAUAGCAUUACUAGAUACAACGUAUAAAGUCCUAGCAUAUUGUAUACUGGAUAGAGUAAGGCCAAUAGCAGAGACUUUACUAGGAGACUAUCAGGGAGGUUUUAGCCCGAAUAGAUCUACAACGGAUCAGAUUUUCGUAAUAAGACAGAUCCUCCAAAAAAGUUGGGAGUAUAAUAAGGAUGUACACAUAUUAUUCCCAAGUAAAAUUGUAAGCCUCAUUGGAGCCAGCAUCAACCAGACGGAUAUAAAGGUUAAGAUAGCGAACACAACAUCUCAGCCUGUGAGGGUGACGACAGGUCUCCGGCAAGGGGAUGCGCUUUCCCCAGUGUUGUUUAACCUGCUCUCUAAAGGAGAUGAUAUUGAGACGAUAAAAAGGCUGGGAAAAAAACUUAUAAAGGCUGCAGAGAAAGUGGGAUUAUCCGUUAACGAUGAUAAGACAGAAUACUUAAUUGUUAGCCGAAAUAGCAGAAAUCACAGACUAGGACAACAUAUUGAAUUAGAAGGACAUAUUUUUAAGAAAGUCUCACAAUUUAAGUAUCUCGGAUCUAUUAUUACUCAAGACAAUGAACUUAAAACAGAGGUGUCGUCGAGAAUACAACUAGCUAAUAAGGGAUACUAUGGAUUAGAAAAAGUACUGAAAUCUAGGACCCUCUCUAAAAAUUUAAAAAUAAGAAUGUACAUGACAUUAUUACGACCUAUUGUCAUGUACGGAUCUGAGACGUGGGCACUGAGAAAAGCCGAAGAACAGAGACUAGGAGUAUUCGAAAGAAAGGUUUUAAGAAAAAUAUAUGGACCGGUCUUUGAUAACCAAAUAAAUGAAUGGAGGAAAUUGCAUAAUUAUGAAAUUCAAAUGCAGUUUCAGAGGCCUGAUAUAAUUAAGGAGAUAACAAAAAGAAGACUCAUGUGGGGAGGUCAUGCCUGGCGUAAGCAAGAAUCUCUUGUUAGGCUGGUAAUAGAGGAAGAGCCUAUAGGGAAAAGACCUUUAGGAAGACCCAGGUUGAGGUGGGAAGACUGUGUAAAGAAGGACAUAAAAUCGAUAGGACCAGGAAUCAGAUGGAGAGAAGUUGCAGAGGACAGGGACAGAUGUUAUGUAGAAAUCAGAUACACACGGGACGAAGAUGACAUAGUGCAAGUUGUCAAACCACAAUGUUGGGAUCUCAAACAAGUUAAAUAUUUCUCUGAUGAGUACCCAUGGUUAUUUUGGGAUGCAAGUAUUGUUAAUGGUGAAGUAUAUGGUAUGGGAGACAACGUUAGUAAGCAACAAGCUAAUCUACGAAAAAAAAUAUGCAAGCACAGAAGUUCCAAGGCUCAUAAACACUGUGAACAGAUAAUUGAAAAAAUCACAUUUGAUGUGAUGCCUAAACAAAUAAUGAAAUUAUCUAAUAUUGAGUCUAAGAAAACUGAGUUUAUUUUUAGAACUGCAUACUAUAUUGCAAAAAAUCAACGACCUUAUAGUGACAUGCCUAAAUUAAUAGAUUUAUAA